CUAUAGUUCUGGCUCUUUCCUCUACUCCAGAUUCUACCAAGCACAUCGUCCUGUCCUUCCCCAUUAUCUCCAAUUCUUCCCCCGAUUCCAAGCCAUUCAAUUCGACUGUACAACCUCUGUGCCAUCUCAAACAGCAACACCGAAAGCUACAAGUACUGCCUGUAUAAGCAGUUCUGACAAGCUCCACGACCACGCUACCCCGCGUCGAAGACGUCGCAUUACAGGCGCAAACGUCCAACGGGUAAAGAAAAGAAAAACUUUAAAAUAACCACAAAAACAAUGGCAGCCGCUGUUGAACACGCCCGCGUGCAUCAUGAACUCAAUGCUUCAACUCCCGAGUCCAUCCCCAAAAGUUCGAUUCCUGCCGCCAUGGCCUCUCCCGCUCCCGCUCCCGCCCCUGCAGCCGCUGAGACUGUCUCAUUGAAGAGUGAAGAAACACAAGCUCCUGCCAAAGAGACUAAAGGCCCUGUAGUUGCUGAAGCACAUCUCGUUGAUACAUACCACCCUCCUCAGCGCAUGUUUGCUAAACACCCCCACCGGCCCCACCUUGCCAAUCUCGAGGAGUAUAAGCGACUCUACAAGGAAUCCAUCACACAACCCGAAAAGUUCUGGGCUGAACGCGCACGUGAACUCAUCUCAUGGGACAACGACUUCAAGACCACCCAAAGUGGUUCACUUCUGAAUGCUGAUGUCUCAUACUUCAACGAAGGCCGCCUGAAUGCCUCAUACAACUGUGUUGACCGUCACGCUUUCAAGGAUCCCGAUCGUGUUGCCAUCAUCUACGAGGCUGAUGAGCCCAGUGAGGGACGCAAUGUUACGUAUGGCGAGCUACUGCGGGAAGUCUCUCGAACUGCUUGGGUUCUCAAGCAGAUGGGUGUCCGCAAGGGUGAUACUGUCGCUAUCUACCUACCCAUGAUUCCUGAAGCCAUCAUCGCACUUAUGGCCUGUGUUCGUAUUGGCGCAGUUCAUUCAGUUAUCUUUGCUGGUUUCUCCUCCGACUCCCUGCGCGAUCGUGUUGUCGAUGCUGGCUCCAAGGUCGUCAUCACAACUGAUGAAGGCAAGCGAGGCGGCAAGUUGAUUGGCACCAAGAAGAUUGUCGACGAUGCUCUCAAGCAGUGCCCUGCUGUUGAGAAUGUUCUUGUCUAUAAGCGCACAGGCUCAGAGAUCCCCUGGACCAGCGGCCGUGACUUCUGGUGGCAUGAGGAGGUUGAGAAGUGGCCCAACUACUUCCCUCCUGAGCCUGUCGCUUCCGAAGACCCCUUAUUCCUUCUCUACACUUCUGGUUCCACUGGCAAGCCCAAGGGUGUUUUGCACACGACAGCCGGAUAUCUCCUUGGUGCCGCCAUGACUGGCAAGUAUGUCUUUGAUAUCCAUGAGGGCGAUAGAUACUUCUGCGGCGGUGACGUCGGCUGGAUCACCGGUCAUACUUAUGUCGUUUAUGCUCCCCUGAUGCUCGGUGUAUCCACUGUCGUCUUUGAGGGUACACCCGCCUACCCUAACUUCUCGCGAUACUGGGACAUUAUUGAGAAGCACGACGUUACCCAGUUUUACGUCGCCCCCACCGCUCUGAGACUGUUGAAGCGUGCUGGCGAUGAGCAUGUCCGAGGAAAGUUCGCUCAUCUUCGGGUACUAGGCUCUGUCGGCGAGCCUAUCGCUGCCGAGAUCUGGAAGUGGUACUUUGAGGUUAUUGGAAAGGAGGAGUGCCACAUCGUCGACACAUACUGGCAAACCGAGUCUGGCUCCCAUGUUAUCACCCCCCUAGCUGGAAUUACUCCAACUAAGCCCGGCAGUUGCUCGCUGCCUUUCUUUGGUGUUGAGCCUGCCCUUAUCGAUCCAGUUUCCGGUGAAGAGAUUCAUGGAAACGAUGUCGAGGGCGUUCUGACAUUUAAGCAAUCUUGGCCCAGCAUGGCUCGUACUGUCUGGGGAGCCCAUAACCGGUAUAAGGAGACUUACCUUGACGUCUACAAGGGCUACUACUUUACUGGAGAUGGUGCUGCCCGAGACCACGAGGGUUUCUACUGGAUUCGAGGUCGUGUUGAUGACGUUGUCAACGUCAGUGGUCAUCGUCUAUCGACUGCCGAAAUCGAGGCAGCGCUAUUGGAACACCAUGCCGUUGCUGACGCAGCAGUUGUCGGUAUCGCUGAUGAGCUUACCGGCCAGGCUGUCAACGCAUUUGUUGAUCUUGAGAAGAAUGUUGAAGCAACCGAUGCUCUACGCAAGGAACUGAUUGUUCAAGUACGCAAGAGCAUUGGACCUUUUGCAGCACCCAAGGCCGUAUACAUUGUGCCGGAUAUGCCUAAGACGCGAAGCGGCAAGAUUAUGCGACGAGUGUUGAGAAAGAUUGUUGCUGGAGAAGAAGACCAGCUUGGAGAUACCACUACUCUAUCGGAUCCUUCUGUUGUGGACAAGAUCAUCAAGGCUGUUCAUGAUGCCAAGCGCAAGUGAGAAACCAACAACAAUAUAAGGAACAUGAUGCAUAUUACGUAGUGGAGUUAUAUACCAUCAAAUAUCAUGGAUACAAUGGAAGCGGAAAAGGGGCAAGUUUGGCUCCUGAACGUGGAGUGGAACAAACUUCCUCGUGGUGUUUUGGAUUUGGUGUUGGAAUCAGCCACGGUCUGAAAGAGGAUGGAUACUGGUGACUCGGGACCGUCUUAUGAGUUUGAUUUAUGAGCAUUACGAUUUUGGUUGCAUCUACAUAUAGCUUUUAGUUUGAGACAACAAUGAAAGUCUAAUAACAGUACAUCCCCCCCUAUCUGAUCAAAGACUGGUGACCUGACCUAUAAGGUAUGAUGGAAAGAUCUCAGCUUGACCACGAGACAGACGAAUAUUGAUGAAUGACAAAGAAAUGACUUAUGCACCAGCCAUGAAAGACGCGU